CCUAAUUCCGUUAGCAUACGGCGACAUUUUUUUUUUCCCAAACCCUUCCCAUUCGUAUCCAGUUCUUCUUCCUGCCGAGAUCUCCGGCGAUCGCCGCCGGAGAGAUCUCCGGCGAUCACCACGCGGGAUCAGAGGGGACGGGAGCCGCUGCGGAGCCUCGCCACUCCAUGCCGCAGCACACCACGAGCACGGCGGCGGUCAAAAGCGCGGCGAUGCACCUGCUGUUCGGGCUCUACAUCCUGAGCAUCGCCGUCGCCUCCGACCUCUCGCAGGCGGCCGCCGACUGCUUCCGGCCGUCCACCUUCAACUUCGCCACCGCCGAGCAGGAGGGGAAGGGGGGGAAGACUGUCGUCCUCGCCCACUCGCCGCAGCCGCCGAUCGUCCUCGUCCACGGCAUCUUCGGCUUCGGCAAAGGGAGGCUCAGAGGGCUCUCGUACUUCGCUGGAGCGGAGAAGAAGGACCAUCGCGUUCUCGUGCCGGAUUUGGGGUCUUUGACCAGCGUUCAUGAUAGGGCACGUGACUUGUUCUAUUAUUUGAAAGGAGGGCAAGUAGACUAUGGAGAGAAGCACAGCAGCAUUUAUGGCAAUUCCAGAUUUGGGAAAAUUUACGAAGAAGGUAUCAAAAAAAAUUUUAAAAAAAAAUCAAAAGCGAAAGAAAGAACGAGGCUACCCCAUUUGUUCCCUGUCUCUCUCUCCCUCUCUAUUCUCUCUUCCUUUAUAUCUCCAUUCGAGGGUUUCGUUUUUGUAUCCUAA